UUUUGCGCUUUCUGUCUCUCUCUCUCAGAACUAAUCAAUGGCGGCUGAUUCUGAAUCCUUCUACUUUCCUCAUGAAGUUGUGACAGAAAUCCUAUUGAAACUUCCAGCUAAAUCUUUAAUUCGAUUCACAGUUGUCUGCAAAUCAUGGUAUUCCCUCAUCACCAGUUUUCCUUUCAUCUCAGCUCACUUCGCCCAAACCCCACAAUCCGACACUGUUUUUGUUAGGCGUUAUGACAGUUCUUGCAAUAGAGAACACUAUUCCUUGUUUGAAGACUCUAAGAAUCGACCCUUUUACUUGAAUUUCACAUCGGAACUGUAUUUCCCGUUCAAUUGCCCACUUGGAUAUUUCAGAAUUGUUGGCAGCUGCAAUGGCAUCCUGUGUUUGUCAGACGAUUUGUUUGGUGAGUUGCGGAGUCUUAUUUUGUGGAACCCUUCUAUUCAGAAAUUUAUAACUUUACCCAUGCCUUCAAUUAAUCCUCAGUCGCCUCAUAUGUUUGUUUUUGGAUUUGGUGCUGAUUUGCGUGAGUGUGAUGACUAUAAGUUGGUUAGACUUGUGUAUCGUAAGAAUGAUGAUGUCUUGUAUAAUGAUCCUCCGGAGAUUGAGAUUUAUUCGAUUAAUAGUGGGGUUUGGAGGAGAGUGAUUGGGGUUGAGAUUAAGCAUUGUAUAGUGGAGUUUAUGUGGUCUCAGGUUUUUGUAAAUGGAAAUGUACAUUGGAUUGCGUAUGAUUUGGUUGCGAAUGGUGGUGACCUUCGGAGUUUAGUUAUGACUUUUAGUAUAGCGGAUGAAGUGUUUGGGGAGAUUAUGUUGCCGGAUGCUUUAGUUGGUGUAAUUGCAACAAAUUUAUCGAUUAUGCUGUUUGAGGAAUCACUUGCUGUUGUUAAGUAUGAGAGGGAGAUAGAUGGUGCUUCAUGUGAAGUAUGGGUGAUGAAACAAUAUGGAGUUUUGGAAUCUUGGAGUAGAUUGUAUCGUAUAAAUUUGGUUGCAGAUAUGGUGAAAGUAGUUGGAUUUAGGAACAAUGGUGAAGUUUUGUUUACAACUAGGAGCAAUGAUCUGGUUUCUUAUGAUCCAAAUAGUGGACAAAAUAGGGGUCUUGGUAUUCAAGGAAGCUCUCACCCGUUUUACGUUCAGAAUUACAUGGAAUCACUUAUUUUGUUCAAUGGGAACAAUGUUGUUUCUGGUGGGUUCUUGGAAGGAAUGGGAGGUUAAUGGACUUGAUGAGUAGCUGGACUACAGAAUUAUUGAUAUAAUAAAGAAAAAUGUGAUCAGAAGGUAAGGUAUUUCACCAAAGUUCAUGGUUGUUUUAAGGUAGUGGAAGUGAGAUGUUUUAUCAAAUUUGGUAGACCUAGUUUACAGCUAUCUGAUAAUUAUUAUGUACUGAAUGUUGAACUUUUGUUUUCCAUUUAUUUGCCUUACAUUAGUUGUUAUUGUACUCUUGUUGCUUUUUGAUGUAUUUCCAGUUUAAUUGUUGUGAUUCC